AUGACGGCAGUUGCGUCACCAUCAAAAAGUAAGCAGCUAGUGCCGAUUCCACCUGACGGUGGUUGGGGAUGGGUCGUGGUGCUGGGAUCGUUCUUCGUCCACGUUUUCGCUGAUGGUUUCGUGUACUCAUUCGGUGUACUUGUUGAAGUGCUCAUGAAGGAAUUCAACUCUGAUAAUACCGUAUGCGCAAUGAUUAUUUCUCUUCUUACUGGACUAACGCUCGGAAGUGGUCCAUUGGCUUCAGCUAUUUGUAACAAGUAUGGAUGUCGAGCCACAACUAUCACUGGAGCUCUCAUUGCAGCUGUUGGAUCUGUGAAACGAUCAAAGGGAUUGAGGUUUUCGGUUUUUACGGAAGUGAACCUUUCCUCCUCUCCUAAGUCCGGCAGUGACGUAGCUGGCCAUUUAGCUAUAUAG